AUGCCAUAUGUGCUUGAUGUACCACCUUAUCCACCUCCACCUACUAUUCUUCUAGCUGAUCACGCAGAGGCAGCAGUUAGCGAUAAUAGAGGUGAUGCUAAGGAGGAGGAGGAUGACGAUGACAAUGAGGCCAGAAAGGGCGAGAUGGAUACCUCUGAUGGCCAGGCACCACCGAGGAGGAGGGCAUCCCCAACAGCACAGCCUGAUAGUUCUUCUCAGGCUAAGAUUGGAGAGUUACAUGCCAGAGUGGGGUAUGUUUCUUAUGUCCCAUUCUUGGGUAGAGUGCUAUUUGAUUCUGGUGCUUCCUAUUCAUUCAUUACUUCAGCAUUUAUACGAGCAUUGGGGUUGGAGGUUAAUCACUUAGACAGGCCACUUUGUGUUGACACACCUGUCGAGGGUUCAGUCACUCUUGGUAGAGUUUAUCAGGGUUGUUCCAUCAUGAUUAUCAGACGUGUGCUUGAGUUCAAACUCAUCCUUCUCAAGAUGACAGGGUUUGACAUCAUUCUUGGGAUGGACUGGUUAUCAUCCUUCAGAGCUGUUAUUGAUUGUUUCAGGGGUAGAGUGUCAGUUUGUACCCCGAAUGGGGAUUGCUUCUGUUUUAUGGGAGAUUAA